AUGUUCUCACUGUCAUUGCCAGACUUACGAUUCUCGUUUGCUGCGCUGGAGCGUUCUUCACGGACGUACACCACCAUCGAGGCCAACGCCUUGCACGAGUCUGUUCCCCCGGACCGCUGGUGCAUCACACGCGCGGACUUAAGAUACUUGGGCCAGGAGGUGCGAAACGCUCUCCAACAUGGGGACAUUCGGCCACCGGAUGAUGGAAGCGACGAUUUCCAGGCCUCUGACACGGCCUAUGGCCCAAGCAUUUACACGGUGAACAAGCAGCACAUCAUGCCGCUGACGCAAAGGUUUGGCAAAGUGAGCUGGGCUCUGUUGCAACAUCCAGAUGGUCUGGACUGUGAUCUCUUCAUCAGCCAUGCAUGGCAGGAGGGUAUUUUCGAGUUCGUUUCGAAGGUCCUGCUUUCGUGGCCUGCAGAUGCACGACACGCCUGGUGCUGUAUGCUGGCCAACCCUCAGAAUUUGGACAUCGGUUCCUUGCUGCAGUCUCCAAGCAGCUCACCGUUUGCAUUGGCACUCAAAGCCUCGACCUAUGUUCUUGUGGUGCCAAAUCACCGCUGCAGCAUCUACACGAGGCUUUGGUGUGGGUACGAAGCCUUUCGCGCUCACGAGGAAGGCAAGACCGUCUUCGUCGCGCGGGCUCCGACCGGAAAGAAGAUGAUGGUCGCCGUUCUGUGGACGACCCUUGCAGGACUGCUGGGCUUCUUGCUAGGCAUCUUCUGUUCGCGCUUUCAUGGGCUGUACCUGCUCCUGCUUAUGCUGACCGCUGCAGCAUUUAGCAGCGUCUGUAUUGAAAACCAGACUGGGCGCAAGCUCCUGAACAGGAUAGGUGCCUUCAUGUGCGGUGCCCUAAUCUACCACUGGAAGGUCGUCAUUCCCUUUUCCGACAACGGUCUUCUGCCUCGGUUUACCGAUGUGAUGCAGCGAAUUCUUCUUGCUUCUGGCAUCGUGUUCUUCGAUCUGCUUGAGGUCGACCGCGUCAUUGGACAAAGCCAGAGAGAGCAGGCCAAGCAGCUCAGUCAUGGAUUCCAAGGCAGCAUUGAACAUGCGACCUGUUCCAAACCAGCUGACACGGCGCGAAUUUUGCAAGAGAUUGGUGAUAGGACCAGCGACGUCGACUAUGCUAUCCACGUGCUACUCGCUGCGGGGAUGUCAACGCCGACACUUCGGUCAGUCGCCCGUGCUGGGGUCGACAUCUCUGGUGCCGGCUACACCGAAAUGGCCUUUCCCUGUUUGGACCUGGGACCAUUCCUUGUUCACGGCCUCUUGCUGGUGCUGAGGGGCGUGCUUCUUCAUCGGUGCUACCGUUGGAUUCCCUGCCUGGUUUCCUUUUGUGCUCGUCUUGUGCUGCUCUUCAGUCUCUGGCGUAGUGCCAGAGAUGAGAGAUGCUUCAUUCUGAAGAUGAUGGCAAAGAUGGUUGCAUUUAUGCAGAUCGUCAUUCUGCCCACUGUUACGGUCUUGCAACUGACUGCUUCUGAGAUGGACUGCGUUUUCUACGCAAUUACAAUCUUCAUCAUGCUAGCGCACAUCAUCACGGUUGGGUUCGCUCGUCUGGGUAUGCAACGGCUGGCGAAAGUUCCGUUUGCAGGGCCUUGCAUGCUGCAGUUGUUCCUUGGUCGUGGCCACUGCUCUGUCGCUAGUGCAGCAGGCACGGCGCCUGUCUAUUCCACAAGUGUGUCGGCCGUGGAGCAUGAGAGUGCCAUGUACUCGUCCAGUUCUGACGACUCAUCCGAGCAGUUGGGAUAA